CAACCAUCCUUCCGCCGUGCAUUGCCCGCGAUAUUUCUGCCAAGCCCUAUUUCCUUCCUGUUGCCGGCGACAGGUGCCGCUGAGAAGAAAACGAGAUAGGUUGGACGCCACCACCCCUAUCUCUCUCUUCCCUCUCCCGUCCCCACUUCCUCUGCAAAUCUUCGCCCCCUCUCUCUCAACUUCCCGGCUCUUUUCAACUCCACUACCCCUUCUCCCUUGAACAUUCGAUCUCUCUCUGUUACUCUCCUCCCCACUGAACUCCCCGCACUCCUUUCCCUCCCCCUGAACUCCCUGACCCUUCGCUGCCACUCCCGCUCCCUCUUCCCCGUCCCGACCCCACUGCAACUCCCCAUCUCUCUCUCACACAAUUUAAAAAUUUAUUAAGAUUCCUAAAAGGCAACGUGGCCUUACACCAACGCAGGACUAAUUUCCCUUAUUUCAUGAGGGUAGGACGAUCACCUCGUCCAUUAUAAACCUAUGCCAUAGCAAGUCCUGUCAUGGCCUCUUUUUUAAAUUUCCACUUGUCGCUUCCUCCUCUUUCUCAGUCUCAUGAUGUUGUUCUCCAUGCUCAAAUGUCUAACAUAUGGUUGGCUCUGAGAAUUUGUCAUUCAAGUCUCAGUUUGGAAAAGACCCAUACAACAUGACAGAGGUUGGGUAAUAAUUGCUCUGUUUGAGAUUAUUAUUUGACAAUGCCAUAUUUCAGGUUCCUGAUUGGAGUCAAAGGGUCUGGCGUGAUCAAAUCAGAAGCUCCUACCACCUCUUACCUUCCAUCAACUUAGUUUUGAUAUUUAGGAACACCCUGUGAUCUUCCUAGGAUGGCUUCUAGCUUCAAGUAUUGGAAUGAAUGUGUUGACCCACUGGACUUGGAGGCAAUGUGGAUGGAUCCUUUUGUGAGCAAAGAAUGGGAUGAUGCAGGAGAGACAAAAGGACAAAAGGUUCACCUUUCACGGGAUCCUGAUGGGCAGGCUUUUCUUACCCAAACUGAGAUGAAGGCCGUGGCUGAGAUUAUUGUCCGCAGACACUUCCAAUCGCAAGUAGAUCCGGACAUGAUUUGUGCUAUUGCUGAACUUCAAAGUGAUAGACAACUUCUUACAACACGGUAUAACAAACAAACUAAGGAAACUGGUUUUGGGCUCAUGCAGUUGUCACCAAAAACUGCAGAGUGGCUUGUCAGAGAGAUGAGUUACCGGCAAUAUGAAAUAGAAGGAGACUCAACACUUCUGUAUAGGCCUUUCAUAAGUGUAUAUUUUGGUGCAGCAUACUUAAAGUGGUUGUCACAUUAUGAUCAAAAGGAAAGAAAUGAAGAAUUUGUAAUUAGGGCUUACAAAGGUGGAACAAAAAAAGCAAAACGAAAGUCAACACUGGAUUGCUGGCGACGGUACCUCUCGGUCAAACAGUCUCUCCCAUCCAGGAGCCAGACGUGUAAUGCUUCAAUGCCUGAUGCUUCUAUUCCUCCUCUGCCUAUUUUAGAAAACAAAGCUGAUGAGUUAUACUGGGAUUCAAGAGCUUCUCCUGAGGACAUGGAAGAGAUGUGGAUGAGCCCUGAAGUCCUCAAAGAGUGGACCAAGUCUAAUGAGAAUAGAGGAAAAGUGCACUUUUCACUUGAUGCAGAGAAGAGACUAUACCUUUCCCAGAUAGAAAUAAAGGCAGUCGCUCAAAUCAUUCUUUCAAAACACUUCAGUACAAGAAAAGUGAAACCUACAAUUCUAGCUGCCCUUGCGGAGGUCAGCAGCAUGCGCUUUGUGAAAGGUGUGGGGUCCUGCCCUGGGAUUAUGGGAAUUGAUUUUCCCAAGGCACAAUGGCUAUACAAGGAUAUAGGUUACAAGGCUUACAAAGUCAAGUCUGAUGUGGAUCUUCUCAAUCCCUUUACAUCCAUGUACUUUGGUGCUGCUUACAUGGAUUGGCUAUCACAAUACGGGGGAAGGGAAAGAACCCCACAGUUUGUCGUUCAUGCUUAUCUUGGAAGGCCAGAGAGUGUUAAUCUUCAGGAGACAGGCCCGCUUUGGGUUAAAUUUGAGGAAGCCUUGAGCCAAUAUCCAGACUCAAAGAAGGAUCAAGGAAGCUGCACCAUUUUAUGAUCAAUGUAUCAUCUACGUUAGGCGUCCUUGAUCAUGCCACCGGACUUUCAUUUCUGACCAGACUUACGCAGCAGCUAUUCUUCAGAACUGCAUUAAGGAAGAUUUUAUUCGAUUCACACUUACUGAGUAAAAUCCAUAUAACUGGUAUUAAUUUCUUUGAACAGAAGACCCAGUUGUCUCAAACGAUGAUUAUUUUUCUUCACUUACUGUUGUACCCUGCACUCCUAUCAUAUUGGGUCUUAUUGCUUGGAAA